AUGGCAGAUACUUCGACGCUGGCCCGAAAUGAUUAUGAGGAUUGCAUCAGUCUCUUGCCCGAUUGUCUAAUCCACCACAUCUUCUCCUUUUUGCCUACAAGGGAAGUCAUCAAAACUUGCAUUUUGUCGAAAAGGUGGCGGUCCGUUUGGACCACUAUUUCAGAUCUCAGGUUCGACUCUUUUAACGAUUAUUCAUUUGUGGAUAGGGUUUUGACGCACUACAUGUGGCCUAAGGUGAAAAGGUUCCACCUUGAUAUCAGAUCAAAGCAGGAAUUCUGCCACUCUACCAUUGAUUUGUGGGUUCACUUUGCGAUAGAUCAUCAAGUCGAAGACCUUCUUCUCAUCGUGAAUAUUUAUUGGGAGCAUUACACAUUAUCUCCAUUGCUAUAUAAUUGCUCUUCCUUGACUAAGCUAUGCUUAAGAGGCUGUUGUUUCUCAUCUAGCGAAAGUAUUCAUUGGAGUUCGCUUAAGUCCUUGUCCAUUCAAACCGUGAGUGAUGAUGUGCUUCGGAAGAUUUUGAUGGGCAGCCCUGUUCGUGAAUACUUAAAUUUGAUAAGUUGCCAGGGUGUAAAAAAAAUUCAUUCAAGAAGCUUGAGAGAGUUGGUAAUCGAUGCUCUUAUUGUGGAAUCCCCUAUGGAGAUCUGGACUCCUCGUUUGUUGUCAUUGCAUGUGAGAGGGGAUCAUUUUCAUGAGAUGCUAAGAAUUAUUGAAGCACCAUCCUUAGUCAAUGCAGAAUUAGAUUUCGACGGUCCAGUCAAAUCAGAUUACUUCCUGCUCAAGCAAAUGCUUUCCAAGCUGCAGAACACUACUCAAAUUCUUUUGGGCGCUUGGUGCCUUCGGGUUAUGUGGCCUCUAAAGGUAGAAGACGUGCAGGUGUCGUUGCCGAAUUGCAAGUCUCUAACGCUACACAUUCCCUUUUAUCAAUUCAGUUUUCCUGCUAUAGCAUAUAUACUAGCAACUACACCAAAUUUGGAGAAGCUUGUUAUAAUUUUUGAGCCAUCUGAUUGGGGCGACCUCUGGUGUGAAUCUGACUUAAACUCUCACAAUGUUGAUCAUGAGAGCAAUUGGAAUAUAAAGAAGAAGUUCAAGAGUUGGGCUCGGCAUAUCAAGAACGUUGAGGUUUUUGGAUUUUAUGCAUGUUUAAGAAUCAAAUAUGAGGAAGUUCUCCUGCUGGUAAAGUUUAUGCUUGGACAUGCAUCUAUUCUGGAAAAUAUGGUCAUCAAAGUUAAGUCUAAGCGCGAGGUAGUUGAUUCACAUAGAUUGCUUGAAGUGGCCCGACGACUUCAAAGUCUUCACAGUGCUUCUAAACAUGCUGCGGUUAUACUCAAUUAUCUGGAAGAAGGGCUUGAAAAGCAGUGGAAUAUAACAACAAAAUGUUUGUGCAUUGGCCCUGAAAAUACCUGA